UCUCAUCAGCCAUGGAUCGCGUUUUUAUUUUGCUUGGUCUAAUAGUUGUGGUAAACUCGCAAGACGUUGGCAGUUGUCUGGAUACUGUUACGUUUAAUAGGCAUUGUUGUAACUAUGUAAUCAGCGAAGAAAAUAAAGCUAUCAUGAGAGAAUGUUUACAUUCACGCCAUGAACCAGAUACAUGUUACUUUGAGACGUGUUAUGGAGAAAGAAAAGGUUUUCUCAUGCCUAAUGGAACGAUCGAUAAAAUUAAGUUAAAAGAAUCACUCAUAAAGGAUUUCGAAAAUUAUACCAGUAUAUAUGAUGUCGUCGAAGUUAAGUGCUUGAAAGAAGACUUGAGUGCUUACAGCCAGGAAGAUACUUGCUAUUUAAGAGAAAUUGGGAAUUGCAUACAUUUCACUUUAUUGGCGAAUUGUCCCAAAUGGAUCGAAAGCGACGAGUGUAUGAAAGUUAAAGAUGUAAUUCAGGAUUGCACUAAGCUCUUCCCUUAAUUUUACUACACCGAUUUUUUUUAAAACAACUUUAGCUAAGACAAUAUGCAGUACAGAUUAUAUUCUUAAA